AUGUCGACAUUGGAUUUGGGGGGUUGGUCCGCGCCGCCUGGCGGGCGCCUCGGGCGGCGCGGCGGGUGCGUGGCUGUGUGCGGGGGCCGAAGCGGCGGGACCCCUCACAAGGCCAGCGCGGGCGUUUACACCGCGAGUGUGGUCGUCCUGUGGGCUGGGAUGGAGGAGGAACGGGUUCGCCAGAGCCGUGCAGCGUAUUUUAUGCAUGGUGUGUGCCGGGAAGGAAAUCAGUGCCUGUUCUCACACGAUUUGGCAAACAGCAAGCCGUCCACCAUCUGCAAAUACUAUCAGAAGGGCUACUGUGCCUACGGAACUCGUUGCAGAUAUGAUCACACGAGGCCCUCUGCUGCCGCGGGUGGGGUUGUGGGCGCCCUGCCCCCCGCUGUACCCUCACUAGGCUUCCACAGUCCUCAGCCUCCUGAGUGUGCUGCGUCUGCUCCGAAGGUGAACUUGCAAGAGCCUGGGAAACGGGAGAAGAGAGCCCUGGUCCUGAGAGACCGAAAUCUCUGUGGCCUGGCUGAGGACAAGUCUCAUCUCUGUGUGGUGAGUAACUCAGAGGGCUGCAGCGACCUUCGGACUCAGAGCAUGGAGAUGAAGCCGCACUCCUACCUGGAAGCAAUCAGGAGUGGCCUUGAUGACAUAGAAGCCGGUAGCUCCUACUCCGAUGAGCAGCAGCUGUGCCCCUAUGCCGCUGCAGGGGAGUGCCACUUUGGAGAUGAUUGUGUCUACCUGCAUGGGGAGCUGUGUGAGAUCUGCAGGUUACAGGUCCUGCACCCCUCUGAUCCAGAGCAAAGAAGAACACACGAAAAGAUCUGCAUGGCCACAUUUGAACACGAGAUGGAAAAAGCCUUUGCCCUCCAGGCCAGUCAGGACAAAGUGUGCAGCAUCUGCAUGGAGGUGGUCCUCGAGAAGGCAUCUGCUUCUGAGCGGAGAUUCGGGAUUCUCUCCAACUGCAACCACACAUACUGCUUGUCCUGCAUCCGGCAGUGGAGGUGUGCCAAGCAGUUUGAGAACCCAAUCAUUAAGUCUUGUCCAGAGUGCCGUGUGAUCUCAGAGUUUGUCAUUCCAAGUGUGUACUGGGUAGAAGAUCAGAAUAAGAAGAAUGAGUUGAUUGAAGCCUUCAAACAGGGAAUGGGGAAAAAGGCCUGUAAAUACUUUGAGCAAGGCAAGGGGACCUGCCCAUUUGGAAGCAAAUGUCUUUACCGCCAUGCUUAUCCUGAUGGGAGGCUUGCAGAGCCCGAGAAACCCCGGAAACAGCUCAGUUCUGAAGGCACUGUAAGGUUUUUCAAUUCUGUGCGACUCUGGGAUUUCAUCGAGAACCGAGAAAGCCAGCACAUCCCUAACCCUGAAGACGUGGACAUGACGGAGCUUGGGGACCUCUUCAUGCACCUUUCUGGAGUAGAGUCUUCAGAGCCUUAAGAGUAGAAGGU